UGCAGCCUUGCUGCUCGCCUGCAAUGCAAGUAUGCAACCUGUGAUCCUCCUCCUCUUCUCAGUCAGAGGUGAGCCCCCUCCUGUGACCCCUCCAAUGCCGUUCACAUGAUCUCACUCUCUCUCGCUCUCACUGUCGCACACAUUGAGCAGUGUGACUCAGUGAGCCACCUCUGCCUUUUUACAUGACCAUGCUGCUCUUGUCCUAGCUGCACAUUUCACACUUCACAUGGCAACAGAAGCAGCAGCAACAGCAAGAUGUCUUCUUCUUCCUCUUCUUUCUCCUCUCCAAUCUCCACACAAGCAGCAGCAACUCAUCUUUGCUGCUCUUCUCCUUCUCUUCUUCUUCUCUUCACUCCAGAGUUUGCACUGCUAUGCUGCUGCUGGUUACAAUGAGCAGCAGGAAGCUGAUAGGGUGGCCUUCCUCCCCGGGCAGCCAAGCAGCCCGAAGGUCUCUCAGUUCUCAGGCUACAUCACUGUGAACAGGCAGAAUGGCAGGGCACUCUUCUACUGGUUCUUUGAGGCCCAGGCACUGCCCUCUCAGAAGCCUCUCCUGCUCUGGCUCAAUGGAGGGCCAGGUUGCUCAUCAGUUGGAUAUGGAGCUGCCUCUGAACUAGGGCCCCUCAGAGUUAGCAGAAAUGGAGCUGGGCUUGAGUUCAACAAAUUUGCAUGGAACAAAGAGGCCAAUUUGCUGUUCUUGGAGUCCCCAGUUGGGGUUGGCUUCUCCUACACCAACACAUCCUCUGACCUCACCAAACUGAAUGAUGGUUUUGUAGCCGAGGACGCAUAUAAUUUCCUGGUAAAUUGGUUGGACAGAUUUCCACAGUACAAAGACCAUGAAUUCUAUAUUUCAGGAGAGAGCUAUGCAGGUCACUAUGUGCCACAGCUUGCAGACCUUGUCUAUGAGAGGAACAAAGACAAGAAGGCCAACAGAUAUAUCAAACUGAAAGGGUUCAUUGUUGGUAAUCCACUUACUGAUGAUCAGUACGACUCAAAAGGUCUUGUUGAAUAUGCUUGGAGCCACGCAGUUGUGUCAGAUGGAAUUUAUGAGCGCGUCAAGAAGGUGUGCAACUUCAAGAUCUCAAACUGGACGAAUGAUUGCAAUGAAGCCAUGAGUAGUAUUUUCAGACAAUACCAAGAGAUUGACAUCUACAAUAUCUAUGCACCCAAGUGCAAUCUUGCUCAAACAUCAAGAGUAGCUGCUUUCGAUCACGCACUCGAAGCAAGCGAUCAGGAACAAUUCAGUAGGAGGAUUAGGAUGUUCUCAGGAUAUGACGCGUGCUACUCAUCAUAUGCUGAGAAGUACUUCAACAAGCCAGACGUGCAGAAAGCAUUCCAUGCAAAUGCAAAUGGGAUGCUCCCUGGAAAAUGGAAGGUUUGCAGUGACUCCAUUCUAAGGUCAUACAACUUUUCGGUGCUUUCUGUCUUGCCAAUCUAUUCGAAGCUCAUCAAAGCAGGACUCAGAAUUUGGCUCUACAGUGGAGAUGCCGACGGUAGGGUCCCAGUGAUCGGGUCAAGGUACUGCGUGGAAGCGCUUGGGCUGCAUAUCAAGAGGGACUGGCAACCUUGGUACCUGAACAGACAGGUUGCAGGAAGAUUUGUGGAGUACGAUGGCAUGACCAUGGUGACGAUUAGAGGUGCUGGACAUUUGGUACCCCUUAAUAAACCUGAAGAAGGGCUCACUCUGAUUGACACAUUUCUUCUUGGUAAACAGCUCUUAACACACCGAUGAAAGGUAAAUUUAGGUUAAAAGGAAGUUGGGACUAUUUGUCCUAAAAGUUGCUCAAUGAGUGUCAACCAUUAUUGUUUGAGAAAGAAGUGUCAACCAUUAUUCCAGGAGCCAUGGCAUAGCUGAAAUUAUUCCUUUUAAGGGACAGUUUGAAUUUCAGUCUGAUCCUUUUGAAUGCUGCUGUUGCAUUCUUUCACUUCUUUCUAUCCAGCCUGAAGCUCUUGGUAACUUUUGUUGGUAAAGCAUCUCAAGUCUCAAGCAAUUACAUUGA